AGGAAUUUGUUUCGGUCACUCGAGCAGUAGCUGCAGGUUCCGCGCCGAAAAAGGUCGUGCGAAAAAUGCGGGUUUUCACUGCUCUCGUGGUUGGUGCGGUAGCCGUGCAAGCCGAGCCGUUGUUGAAAAAGAAGCCGGCGUCUCAGGAGCUUGCAAAGGAGAUGACGCGCGAUUUGGAAAUGAACUUCAACAAAAUCGCACCGUUCGGUACUACUUACAAGGAUUUCAUUUUCGACUCGCUGGAAGUAGUAAGACCUGGUGUUUGCGGUCGAUUUUUAUUCAUCUUUAGUUUUUUAAAGGUCACUCGCACUUUCCGCAGAUCGCCGUGAUAGCGAAUUACCUUUGGGCUAUUCUUGAAGCUAAACCAUUUCAUUUGUGGGGGAAAAAUAGGUAAGGAAGACACUGCGAAGGAGCUGCAGGAUCAUGCUGCGAAAACCCAGGACACGCUUGUGGACGCCGUCGAGAAUGCCGAGGUAGCUGAGAUCAAGCGCGCGGUCUUCCGCGCACUCACGCGGUUGCGAGCGGCUUCGAUUAAGGAAUUCGACACCAUUGCCCGCUUGGAGACCCAAGCCAUCGAUGCGUAUCAUCUUUUCUAAUAAAUUAUUAUCCUUGUUUUUUGGUUCCCUAUCCCUCAGCUGCUGGAAGUAAGUAUACUGCGAAGUUUCAGUUACAGUUUGUUUGGUCCUUCAUCCGGUGCUUUAUAUGUCGAAAUACGUCCUGAUCCUAUCGGAAUUUUAAAUUCACCCAGGUACAAUGACGCCCACCACUACCGGGCCGAGAACCCGUAUGGCGGUGAACUUUGCAAGUUUAGAGAGGAAGGUCGUAGUUCAGGUUUUCCUGUAGUUAAAGAGAGGUCCAGCUGGCACUUUUGGUGCACAAUUAAAUUUGAGUUCUUGGGCGUGGGUCCGUCACGCUUGCCUCGCAUCACCAGGCUCCUUCAAAGUGUUGGCUUUGAAUACAUGACCUUCUUCUUGCUUGCAGUUUAAAUUGCAUACGCCGCUGGAGCACUUGCACCAAGACGAGUCCCCCGUGGACACGGACAAGCU